AUGGUGAUAUAUAUUUCAGGUACUUCAGCUGUGGUAGAUGGCACUGCAGCUGGUGAUGACAGCACUGCAACCUGUCACAAUAGCACUGCAGCUGGUGGAGACUGCACUGCAGCUGGUGAUGAUGGCACUGCAGCUAGUGGCAAUUGUACUGCAGCUGGUGAGGAUGUUACUACAGCUGGUGGCAACAACACUGAAGCUGGUGGAGAUAGCACUGCAGCUGGUGGCGAUUUUACGGCAGCUGGUGUUGACAACACUGCAGCUGGUGUUGAUAGUACUGCAGCUGGUGGUGAGGGCACUGCAACUGGUAGUGAUGGCCGAGUAUCUUGUGAUUUUGUAUGA